AUGUCUGGGUGUGCGCUGGCCCUGGUCAGGCGGACAAGGAGGACAUCUCGGGCUUCUCUACUGCUGCAGUGCAGGAGGCUGGCAGCCGGAGGGCGUACAAGCGAUGAUCUUCUGGAUCUGUGUCGUGGAAGGGGCUUCCUAUUAGGAGAGGAGAUGAGUCCGGCCUCUGUUCUAGGGGGACGUCAUAGUCUGGGGCCCCUGGGAGCCCAAAUGAAAAGGAACUUGGUGAAGGAAUGGUGGGACGCCAUGUUGCUGCAUCAGGAGCAGGUUCUGCCCAUUGACUCUUUGUGUCACCUACCUGGGGCAUCCAACUCUUCACCCAGACCACCGCUGAAGACCCUCCCCCAGUGGCAUCUGGACCGCCUCCAAAACCAAGGCCCAACCCAGGAGGAGCUGGAAACGAUGGCCACCCUUCGCCAAGAUCUCCUAUAUGGUGCUCUGUAUUGUUACCCGUCUUGUUUGGAGCUCCUGAACAGAAAGCUGCCGUUUGGUAUAGCAGAGGUGGGGAGAUGUUUUCAGCCAAUCACAGGCGAGGAGAACCCCGACACCUGCAGGGUGUCGGAGAGGACGGCGGCGUCUCUGGUCUGGUUCAGCUCAGCCAAGACUUGCGCUCAGUGGCGGGACUUCUGGCUGCGGCAGCGGCUGCUGUGGUGGAGGAAGUUUGCUCAGGUGCCAUCCAGAUUCAGCAGCGGUGACCACCAAGACGAAGAAGGAAGGAAACUGACCAUCAUACAGUAUGACUUCCCCUGGGGCAAGGAGCCAAUCGAACGCCUUGGCAGCAUGGAUGACUCCGCCCUCACCCAGAUGCAUCAUGUGCCCGCCGCUCCUCUUCACGGCCGGGACGGCAGGAAGUCGGUCCUUCCACACGUGGUCUGGGUGAGCAGCGAGGUAGAGCGAGGUCUUCUGGCCUAUCUGUCUGACUCCCUGCAGGUGACGGAGAACACAGCUCCGCGGGGGAAGGAGCAGAGGCGGGCGGUCCUGAAGAUUCACCCAUCGCUGGCCCCCAUCAAGGUGGCCGUAGACAUGGGGAAAGGGCCGGCCGUGGACCUGCGACUGGUGUGUCAGGGUCUGUGUAGUGAGCUCCAGGGAAGGGGAAUCUCCAUCUGGCCGGGGUACCUGGAAACGUUACAAACUCCUAUGGAGCAGCUGUUCACCAGGUACGAUGAGAUGGGCGUCCUGUUCACCGCGCUGGUCAGUGACGUCACGCUGCAGAGCGGGCUGCUUCAUCUGCGCAGCAGAGACACCACCAUCAGGGAGACCAUGCACAUCUCCAAGCUGAGUGCCUUUCUGAUGCAGCACUUGACCGCUGCCGCAAAACUCUGA